UGUCAAUGAUCUUGAUACAUACUAGGUAUGGGUGUUGGCAUGUGUAUAUAUAUCUAGGCUGACUACGACUCUUUCUUCUCUUCUCCUCACUCCAUCUUCUUGUACAACUCCAAAGCCUCAACGACGAAUACUCAUCUACAAAGCAACCUAUUACCAAAUCACUAUUACAAACCAGCAAACAUGUUCGGAUUCGGCGACGCCAAGAAUCAGCGUGAUGAGAUCUACGAGGGUGAGCCUCACCAGUCGAAGAUCUCCCACGAGCUCGUAGGCGGCGGUGCCGCUUUCGAAGCCAUGAAGCUAUUCGAGGACCGCCAGCGCAAAGAAGGCAAGCAAGUGAACCACGGCUUCGCCAAGGAGCUCCUAGCUGGCAUUGCGGGCGCCGAGGUCGACAAGUUGAUCGAGACCAAGGGGCUGGACUUCGUGGACCGCGAGAAGGCCAAGCGCCACGCCAAGCAGCAGGCCGAGGAGUUGUACGACAACCAGUACGGUGACCAGGACCAGUAUGACCCGGACAACAGCCGUCGUCACCCUAGCAUGGACUACUAGGUGCUCUAUGAUCACCGGGGAUCGUUCUAGAUAUCGGGAUAGCCUAGGACUGAACUUGGGGUUUUAGUACUCUGGAAUGAAUAAAUAAACCGAAAUUAUAAAUACAUUUUGG